AUGAAAUCAACUACUAUCACAACAAAAAACAAGAAUGCCAUGGCCGAUUCAAAGAAGGUGUCAAAAAAUAAUGCAAAGCCUAAACCAAGACAAAAGUCAAAAUCUCCAGCAGCACCCUCUGAACCAACUGCAGCAUCAGAAGAUGCAGCAGCAGAUUUAGCAACAUCAACAACAACAAACAUCAAGCCAGAACUUGAAAUGAUGAGCAUCGAUUUAAAGAAGCAUUCAUUGAAGAAAUCUGUGCAAUAUAACGACAUCAGCUCUGUUGCUAAAAAGUUAAAAGAUCGCUUAUCAAAGGCAGCAAAACGAUUAUCUGAUCCAACUAUAUCCUUACCACCUACACCUCCACCUAGCAAUUGCAGCAGUGAUAAAUCAGAAUCUGAUAUGCCUCAGCAGGAAGUAGUAGCCAAUACAAUGUUGUCUGAAUCUGAUUGGUCAAAUGCCAAGCCAAUUUCAUUGCGCAACCUACAAAUGUUGAAGCAAUAUCUCAUCUUUGUGUCCAAGGAAUCAACUGAAAUCUCAUUCAAAGAUCAUUCAAUUCAAUUAUCUCUCUCUAAUGCGAACGAAUCUGUAGAUCCCUCAACUGAAUCAGAAAGGUCGGCUCGUUGCGGUGCAACUCUGAUUGAGUCGUAUGUACAUGAAGCAUCUAAUAUGGACAAAGAACUUCACCUUUCCAGACCUGAAGAUGGCCGUUCUCAUUCAAGAUCAACUUCUCGUAUUGAUCGCAAACGUCCUGGUAGACCACCCAAGUCUCAAUUGACUCAUGUAUUGGGACUCGAAGACAAAUCCGAAUCUAGCCAGCGUAUGCGUAUGAAGCGCAAAUCUAUUCAUCGCCACUCCUCCGCUAGUCAUGCUACCAAUUCCAUCCACAGUGCACACCAUCAUUUGAAAAAGAAGAACAUCCAAUGUAUCUGCUCCUCACCUCAUGAAGAAAUCGAAUCCAUGGUUCAAUGUGAUGAUUGCUAUCGCUAUUUGCAUUUGGAAUGUCUCGAAUUGAAUGAUGCAGCAUUAACAGAAACCUUCCGUUGUCCUUCCUGCUUCCUCUCGCUUGGUUCUUGUACCGGUAAGAAUGCCAAAUUAUUGAGUGCCAUCACCUGGAGAUAUGCCGCUCAAUGGAAGAGUCAACGUUUGGCCUUGAAGAGCCAAGAUGCUGCCAACACUGAUGAUGAAGAUGCAGAGGAAUACGACGACGAUGACUUUUCAUCUGCCAUGGAAAUCGAUUCAUCUCCUCUCAGUCGAUUCAACUUUACAGCUGCAAAUGUAGCAAAUUCGUCCAGCCAUUCCGCCUCAGACAAAGCUUCUGUUAGCUCAUCUGCUACACCUCCUCCACUUCAUCUUCAUGAUGACGAUGAUGGAUACUCUACUGACUUACCAGGACCAGAAACACCGACAGAUUGGCCUGACGUUUCAUCUGAAUCCAGAUUUAGUAGUCAAGAUAGUAGUGCUAGUGAAGUCACCACUCCAAGCGAAAGCUUAUCCCUUGAUCCCUUUGAUCCAAAAGAAGAUGGCCAGUUGGUAUUAGAUCCUGAAAGCCUGGAGAUCCUGUCUCGUUUAGCUUACCUGCAAUCCCUUGAUUCUGUCAAGAAGGAACUGUUCGCUCCUAAUGCCUCUGAUGUCUUUCUUUGUGAAAAUCCAUCCAACAACUCUGCCGUAACUGUAGCAUCUCCUCAAGCACCUCGUUUUGCAGCAAACGUCCCUCCCUCUGACAUUUGCUCCCAGGACCUCUCUGAAUUCUCCUUCGAUUCAGGGCCAUUCUGGGAACCUCUUUUUUAA